UGACCGCAAUGUGACUCAUGACGUCGAGAUGUACCAUGUACUUUCUGUUAGCUGCCCAGACCGGAAGUAUCGCCAGCAGCCAUCUGGUUGUCAGCCCUUCGGCCCUGUCUCAGGUCAGCAGUGAUCAUUUUGCUUUUUUAAAAAUGUCAAGAACUAAUCGGAUCGUAAAUAAUUCGGAGGUACGCCAUCGUGAUGUGUUCUGCGGGACGCGGGAUCGAGGCGGGUGUCGGUGCCAGCAUGAGGCUGCUGUCAGACCCGCACACAGCGAGCAGAAUGAUUUCAGGGGAAGAGAAAGACCACAUAGUCAUUCUGUAGCAGAGCCACAGGCAGCAGCAGGACCUGCGCCAGAGACUCCUUUGGUGGACGACUGCGAGAAGCUGGGCACACUUUUCGGGGAGCUCAAUAAGUGUUUGAGGGGCAUUGGUUUUACCCAGCUUUACUUUGGAGAGAAGAUCGUGGAGCCCGUAGUCGUGCUGGUGUUUUGGCUGCUGCUCUGGUUCCUGGGUAUCCAAGCCCUCGGUCUUGUGGGAACUCUAUGCAUUAUUAUCAUUUAUAUCCAGAAAUAACAGAUGUGAAGCCGGACAGACACAUGAAGGUUCAUUUGCCACUCACAGCCAGUGCCAGUGAAAGAGAGGAGAGACUCCUUUGUACAAAAGAUGAGCUACGUGAAUGUCAUUUGAAAGUUUUACCUGGUCCGUAUAGUUGCGUCUGUGUCAUUUGCCUUCUUUUUAUGUGGGUAUGCACAAGAGGGUGAGUAAAUGAAGAUAAUCAGAGGAUUUACUUUAACUACUGGAAUGAUUCCUCCAGUCUAUGUGAACUGUGUAUUCGCUGUGAAAGGUACUUGUGAAAAGCAUGCUUCCCUUCAAUAUUUGCAUUGACACAAUGGUGCAUAUUGAUAUGCAGACUAUCAAAGGACAAAGAGCAUUUCUAUAACCAGUUUCUAAUUACAGUGGUACAUAUCAGUUAUACGGUCGUUGCCGUUGUUGAAUGUAUUACUUUUAUUCGCCCAGGUGUCAGUCCUGCAUUCUCCACGCAAUUGCACUAGAGGGCAACCUUCCUCAUUUUCCCCUAAACAUGUCUUGGGAAAUAUACCAGGGAAUAAUAAUCAUCAUUCAGUGUUAAAACUUGAAUGUGUUUAUACUACUGCAUGUGAAUGUUUUGGGGCUACUGGGAUAACUUUGGGUCACCUCUGAAAGUAUGAAUUAAAUAAAAUGCUCCAAUAGUCUGAGCAGAGGAAGAAACUAGUAAAACCAAACCUUUUAUGAUAAAAGAUCUAUAUUAUGCACUGUAAAUCAUAUUUGGUAUUUUUAUUAGUUGAUUUUACUGUAAUCUGCCCAUGUUGCCUGUUCUUUUCAUAUAUUCAUGUUGCAAUAUCAGUAUAAAAAAAUCAAAAGGGUAAUUUCAUAACGGGGAAAUAUUUAGUAUGCAAAUUUUGCUACAAUAGAACAUGUUGUAUGACCCAUAUUCAGGAUCAGAAGUAUGAAAAGGUCUGUUUUUAUUGUACUUAAGUGUUUUCUUUAUGAAUUAUUACAUGUCAAAAAUUAUUGAACAAACUCUAACUUUUUAAGCAAGGUUAAGCUGCUCUUUAUGUAACUGUGAACAUCUUUGCAAGAUGACAUUACUUCAUUUUCAUGAAAAUCGUGUUAGAUUAUGAUUAUAAAAUGCCAAAACUUUGCUUUUACGUUUCUUUUUCUUUUCAGUGUUAAUUAACAUCUUCUGUGCCAUAAUUUAAUUUCACCAACGUUUCAUUUACUGUAUGCCACAAUGCUGUACUUUUGGGUGGUGGUGGGUUGUUAGGACUUUGAUUAAUUUAUUUUGAAAGAAUUUAUAUUUUAAAUCAUUCUGCAAUGUAUUUGAACUUUAAAACUGGGUUAUCAUAAUAAAAACUAUUGUUAUUUU